AUGGCUCUGGAAUACGCUCAUUAUCAACCGGCCACCCCACCAGGGGCAUCAUUUCAGAUGCAGACUGGCUCUGUGCAAAGCCGGAAUGCCUCUAUCUCCCCCAUCUUCACCAAUGACUCCUCACCCUGGUCGACUAUGACGGGCAACACAAGUCCAACCACGUCCCCGGCCCGGUAUCAUCAUGGACCGGCUCUUCUGCCCAAGAUCCGGCCCCAAGAUGUGGUAAUCGAGCCCACCUCGACAAGCGGACCAAUGCAACAGCGUCGAGUCUUGUCAAAUACACGAAACCCACCCGGCUUUGUUCCGUAUACCAGCAGACCUCCCGUUCAACGGAGAAACGGGAUGAAUCCCGCACGUCGACUGGCCUUGGCCAUUCCAAAUUCUUCCACGGUCUCUCCUGGCCCCCAGAGCGUGUCUGCCAUCCCUACCAGCCAUUCGACCCUUUCACCCAUCGUCCUCACAGGCAGCGGCAGUGUUUCCGCCAUCUCGUCCCCAGUCGCCAUUAUCCCUCAAAAGCGAAGGGGGGCGAGGGGUCAUUCUCGCUCUGUAUCAACCUCGAACAUUGAUGAGGCGACGCUGAGCCGGUAUGGCUAUCCAACUUACCGACAGCUCCCCAACUUCAUGCCCUAUAUGCAGCCGCAGACAGUGCCAAAUACGCCCUGUACACCGGUGACUCCAGCCACACCCAAUGUUGUGGUUCACCCAUCUUAUCCCCAGCAACAGCCACAGACGCCCGAUGUCCUGCAGUCUGCACCAAUGUCUGCUUUGCCCUCUCCGCACCCAUUAGUGGUGCCCAAUAUUCAGUAUAACUAUGAUCAAUCCGCCGUGACUCAUCAAAUUUCCGACGGUUCACUCAGUCCUGUGGAGGACUCAUCUCCACCUUCAACCAAUUUAAUCACCUACCUCACUUCCCCCACACAGGCAAUCAAUCUAGUCCGCAAUGUCAGCGUGGUCCCGACUCGCGGCAUGCACGACUAUUUUUGGUGGGACAUUCGCAAUCUCCGUUGCUGGACCACGUUCUCCAUGUCCACCUUUGAUUCCAUCCGUGGUCUGACCCAACUCCUGAAGACCGAGAUCGCAGCAUCGCUCGCCCCUCCAGUUGCCGUAAAUCCAGGACGCUUAGCCCCAGAAUCUGAACCCGCCCUCGUUAACCUCAUCCGUGAUCUGUAUGCACCACGCGUAAAUGCCGCCUUGGCCGUAUCCCAGGGUGCCGAACAUCUCCAACUCUAUGCCGCGCCGGACAUGCGGAAUACCGGUCAUAAGAACCACGGCCACCCACAUUUUCUAGCCAACUAUGCGACUGACCGGGAGCGUACUGGCUCUGGGCUUCCUCGUGGCCGACUCGUCGGCAUUGUCAAGAGUUUCGACCGCUGGAACUCCGGCAUGCGCAAUGAAGGGCCGCACCGCCGUGUCGAGUAUCUGAAUGGACUCGCCCAUCUGCAGCGCUGCAUGCGCGAGCACUCCUGUCGCUAUGGGUUCAUAAUCACCGAGAUCGAGCUCGUCUGCGUCCGCGCCGGCUGCGAUCCCGGCGACGAUGUGCCCUAUUUUGGCUUCCUCGAAGUCGCCGCACCCAUUCCUCUCAAAACCGCCGGUGGAGAAACCCACGAUCCAGUCCCCCCUGCAACCCCCAUCAGCAAUCGCUCAUUCUCUUCCUCUUCCCACAAUUCUCUCUCUCACUCCCUUCCAGACAUCUCAGACACAGCUGACGACGUCAUGGACCAGGGCUUCGCCCCCAUGACUGCCAGUCUAGCGCUGUACUUCCUGCUCAUGCUCUCUAAAUCGGUCCCGCUUCCAUCUCAACCAUCUGCUCACCUCAAUGUCGGUGGACCAGGAGCUCUAACACGGCAGCGAGUCCUGCCCGAGCCCAAGGACAAGUGGAUUCCGGAGCCCCAGAUUGGGGAGAAGCGGGAUGCCAAGCGCGUCCGUGGAUGGAUUAUGCCUCAUGAUGCCUGGCACCGUCGAGAAGGGGGCGGUGCACCUCGUCGAAGUGCCGAGGGUGUGAAGAUGACGAAGAAGUGGCAUAAAUAG